AUGGACAGGGCCCGACGGCAGCGGGCUUGGAUGCUCCUCCCCAUCUGCCUGGCCCUUGCCCUCUCCCUCACCGCCGUGAGCAGCAGCCACUGGUGCCAAGGGAUGAGGCGGGUGACAAAGCCACUGUGCCAGGACCCAGUGGGCGGGCCGCACUGCAUUCACUUCAGCAGCGGUGGGGCUGACGGGAGCCAGGCAGUGCAAUAUAUCUGGGAGAUGGGCGACGACAAGUUCACCCAGCGCAGGUUCCAUGUGGGGCUCUGGCUGUCCUGCGAGCAGAACUUCAGCGACGCAGGUGAAGUAUGCAGGAGCUUCCGGAGUGUGGUGCCAGCUGAAGAGCAGGGUGUGCUGUGGCUGUCCAUCGGCGCAGAGCUCCUAGAUGUCCUCCUCCUGCUGCUAAGUGCUGUUCUCCUGGGCUCCAGAGUGAGGCAGCCCAGUUCUGGCUUCCACUGGUUCAAGGUGGAUGCCUUGGUGGCCAUCCUGAUGGUCCUCGCAGGGCUCCUAGGCAUGGUGGCCCACAUGAUGUACACGACCAUUUUUCAAAUCACCGUGAACCUUGGACCUGAAGACUGGAGGCCCCAGUCAUGGGACUAUGGCUGGUCCUAUGGCCUCGCCUGGGGUUCUUUCACCCUCUGCAUGGCUGUGGCGGUCACAGCCAUGAACAGAUUCGCCACCGCCCGCCAGGAGUUUGCAGAGAAGCAGGGAGUACGGGAUGGCAGUCAGCGGCCUCCACAUCACUUCCCAGAAUCUGCUGGAGAAACACAGGCUGCUCCCAGCCCUGCUGGGUGUGCCCUGAGGACCGUUCCUGGAAACCCAGGACCAGGUGCCCCAGGCCGGGUAUCCGUGUGCUAG